AUGGAAAUGGCAAGGAAUUGCGAUCGGGAGGCGGAGGAUGGAGGUGGCGGCCGCAAUAGUAGUAUCCACGGUGAUGUCCUUGAGGAGGUCGUCUCCCGGGUCUCCGCCCUCGACCUCCUCCACGUCUCCCGGGUCUCCAGAGGCUGGCGGACCGCCGCUAUCUCCUCCCUCCUCUGCCGGCGACGCCCGCCCUGCCUUCUACUCCGCCUCCAGUCCCGCCGCAGAGCCUCCGCGCACGUGUACGACCCCAUCUCCGGCGCCUGGAGGGAUGUUCCUAUCCCGCCCGAGGCGAGCCUUCACGGGCUCGAUGCGCCGCGCGUCGCCGCGCUCGCGAGCUCUCUCUCUGGCGGUCCCCGCUUCUACGCGCUCUCCUCCUCCAAGCUCGCCCUCGCAGCCGACCCGCUCGGCACCGCUUGGCGCGACCUGGAGCCGCCGCGUUGCUGGCGUACGGACCCGACCGUCGCCCUCGUGGGCACCCGCCUGGUGGUAGCCGGCGGCGGAUGCGCGCUCGAGGGCAACGCAGGCUCCGUCGAGAUGUGCGACGCGUACGGGGGCGGAGGAGGCUGCUGGUGGGAGCCGUGCGAGGCGAUGCCGGAGGCGUUCAGAUUGUCGCCGGCGAUCUCGGCCGCGGCGUCGGAGCGGCGGCUCUAUGUCGUGGAGAGGGAGCCGCCGUUCGGCGCUAGCUGGUUCGAUACGGAGACGAGGCUGUGGUGUCCAACGCGAUCGCUGAGCGUGCCCGACCCCACCGCUCGCCACGUGGCGAUCGGGUUCUCGAACGGACGGCUGCUUUUGGCGGCGGCGGGCGGGAGUGGGAUGGGGUGGGGGUGGGCGGCGGAGAGCGUGCGGGUGUGGAUGGUGGAGGAGGAGACGCUGGAGGUGGCAUCGGAGGAAGUGGUGGCGGAGAUGCCGAGAGAGAUGGUGGCUGGCCUGGCCGAGGAUGGCGGCGGCGGAUGGGGGCUGCCGUCGAUUGGGUUCUUGUGCGAGAGUGGUUUCGCUUACUUCUACAACCCUGUCUAUUUGAAGGAGUUCUUCCUGUGCGAGCAGCAGGCCGCAGGCGGCAGCGGGUGUCGGUGGGAGCGGAUUGCACCGCCAGCGUGCGUGGAGCAGCGGCCCAUUGACAGGGUGGUGCUCGGAUGUUGUCAGAAUGGGAGACGACGAUGA